ACAGAAGCGGCGAUUAACGAACCAUGGCAGGAAUAUGAAUAGAGAAGAGUUGAGAAGAGAAAAUAGCGUGAGAAAAGGAAAGCAUGGGCGAUUAACGAACCAAGAUCCGAUGGCCUCAGAUAGCUUCGACGGGCUCCGGCGACGGCUGAUCAGACGAAGCAAUAGCCAGCUGGGCAGAGACAAAGGUGACGGACGAGCGGCGGUCGCGCUGUUGUGUGCAGGUAGAGGUGCAGCGGCUGUCACGCACGUGGAGAGGAGAACGGCGCUGAUGUCGCCGUUUUCUACUGCAAAGCCGAGAGGCGACCUCGGUUGUAUCCAGAGACAGCAAAGGAUACUAGAGCAGCAGCUGAAGACAUGAAGAUCGAGCUGCAAAGAAGGAAAGGCUUCUGAAGAGGGCACAAGCUUAUCGAAUAGAACAAGAAGGAGCAGCUUAAAGGAAAAGAAGAAGAGAAGGAAAUCAAGGGCCGGUGGUGUUUAGGUGAGGCAGGGUAACAAGGCUCUGAUACCAUGUGAAAAUCAGGGAAGAUAUAUAAUGAAGAAAAGUGUUCGGCAAAUAAUUAAAAACAUUGUAAUCACUGGUUAAGGUAUAGGUGGUAUAAUUUAUAGCAUAUUUAUAAGACAAAUUAUUACAUCCUUGAUUUGAUCUGUU